AGAUGUAGAAAGAGUGUUCGAAAACGAUAACGGCAGCAGAGCUAAGCUGAACAAUUGUCUCCAAUGGCGAUGAGCCAGAGGCCACAGAGAGUAACCUAGACGCCAUCUCUUCACGUUGACCGAGCUCAAUAUGGCCCAAGGUCAAAGGAGGAUGAACAAACUCACGGUCACCCCACUCACUCUCUGUGAACGGAUGGACAAUUUCUCAGUUACUGAGGCUCGAGCUCGAAAAAAGAUCACUGCGCUCACUCUCUAUCAACGAAUGGGCAAUGACACACUCACAUACUGCGAACGGUGGGCAAUGACUUGGAUCAGCAUAGCUCGAGCUCGAACGAGGAUCGAGACACUCACACCCUACGAACGCUCGAACGAGGAUCAAGACACUCACACCCUGCGAACGGUGGGCAAUUACUCGGAUCAGCAUGGCUCGAGCUCGAACGGGGAUCAAGACACUCACAUACUGCGAACGGUGGGCAAUGACUUGGAUCAGCAUGGCUCGAGCUCGAACGAGGAUCAAGACACUCACGCCCUGCGAACGGUGGGCAAUGACUUGGAUCAGCAUGGCUCGAGCUCGAACGAGGAUCAAGACACUCACAUACUGCGAACGGUGGGCAAUGACCCGGAUCAGCAUGGCUCGAGCUCGAACGAGGAUAAAGACACUCACAUACUGCGAACGGUGGGCAAUGACUCGGAUCAGCAUGGCUUGAGCUCGAACGAGGAUCAAGACACUCACACCCUGCGAACGGUGGGCAAUGACUUGGAUCAGCAUGGCUUGAGCUCGAACGAGGAUCAACAGACAUACUGCCUGCAAAUGCCCAACAUAAAUAACAGCAAAUUUCAAAGAUUCCCAUAACGUAAAUAUGUGGAAACCAGUCACACAACCUCG